CGCCCGCCUUAAGGAGUUCAGGUCCAGGCUCUUCCCCUUCUUUAAUUCAUUGUUUGUGAAAUUUAAUUGAAGUGUUUUUUUGGUGUGAAAUUGAUUGUAGGUGAUUUGUUUAGGAAUUAUGAUUGGAUUGAUAACUGAUUUCUAUAAGAUUGAAUUGAUUACUUUAUAAACUGAAUUCGUUUUUUUGUUUGUUUGUGAAACCAAUUUAGUUUAGGUAAUUGAUAUGUCAAUUUAGUGGUAUUUCAAUUUUAAUUCAAUGGUUUGUUGCUACAAUGUUAAAACGAGUCCAUCAAUUGUUUAAAUGUUUCUGUUUGAAUUUUUUAGAGUGAUUUUAAAUUAAUAAGUCAUUGUAUUUUUUUAUAUAAUAGGAUGCUUAAUUACUUCCAACGAAAACCGAGAUUUUCGGAGAAGCCAAAUGUUUCUAUCAUUGGUGAUCAACCUUCUUCACUUCCCUCCUCAAGUGACACUCAACCCGAACCGAUUUGCACAAAUAAAGUGUUUAAUAAGGGAGCAUAUUUGGAGUCGGAUCCUGCAAAAAGAGAUCAAAUUCUUGAUUAUCAUCCAAAUGAUCAAGAAGAGGUAAGAAGAGCUUACCUUGUAAAGGGCCCAUGUCGACCAAACUUAAAGGAAUAUCCUACCACAAAUUUGGGGGGAAGGGAUCGUUCUUUUCAUAAUAGUUGGUAUGAAGAGUAUGAUUGGUUGGAAUAUAGUAUAGAGAGAGAUGCUGUAUUUUGUUUGCCUUGUUAUGUAUGCUACAAAGGUUCUAGUAAUCCAGCAUUUGUGAAAGAAGGUUUUAAAGGUUGGAAUCUCAAGCACAAGUUAAAUAAACAUGUUGGUGACAAACCCAAUAGUCAUCAUAAAAAGUGUGUGAAAGCAUGUGAGGAUCUUAUGAAGAAAAAUCAGUGUAUCGAGUAUUCGUAUGCAAAAUAUAGUACAAAAGAAGAAGCCGAUUAUCUUGUUCGUUUAAAAGCAUCACUUGAAGCUGUCAAGUUUCUUGUUAGAGGUGGAUUGGCAUUUAGGGGACAUAAUGAGGGGGAAGGUUCUUUUUAUAAGGGUCAUUUUCUAGAAUUUAUUGAAGCAUUGGGGAGAAAUAGUGAAAAAAUAGCGGGAGCAAUAACAAGUGGUGGAGGAAAUAGUAAAAUGACUUCUCCUCAAAUUCAAAAGGAACUUGCAAAUGCAUGUGCGGUUGAAACUAUUAAGAAAAUAGUUGGAGAAAUUGAAGAUGGUUUCUUUUGUGUUCUUGUUGAUGAAUCGGGAGAUUGCUCGGGUAAAGAACAAAUGGCGGUUGUGGUGCGGUUUGUUGAUUAUAGAGGUUUUGUAGUUGAAAGAUUUAUUGGCAUUGUUCAUGUUGAGGAUACAAGUGCUAUAGCCCUUAAAGGGGCUCUUGAAACAUUGUUGUUGGGGUUUGGCUUGUGUAUAUCUAGAAUUCGAGGUCAAGGGUAUGAUGGAGCAAGUAACAUGAGAGGCCAAUUUGGAGGUUUGAAAGCUCUAAUUCAAAAUGAAAAUCCGCAAGCCUAUUAUGUCCAUUGUUUUGCUCAUCAACUUCAAUUGGCUCUUAUUUCAAUGGCGAGAAAGAAUGAAGAUGUUGAUUGGUUUUUUUGUGAAGUGACUCGUAUUGUUAACUUUCUACGGUCAUCAAACAAAAGACAAGCUUUGCUUCGUAAGAAACAAGUUGCUCAUUUUGCAAAUUUAAUUGAAAAUGAAUUGGUGGAAAGUGGUACGGGUUUGAAUCAAGAAUUGUCUAUUGCAAGAGCGGGUGAUACACGUUGGGGAUCCCAUUUUCGGACUCUUAGUAGGUUGGUUGAUUUGUUUACUCCCAUUAUUGAAGUGUUUGAAGAUUUGAAAAGUGACCGGGCUUCAAAGGGUGAACCUCAAAGUUUGUUAAUUGUCAUGCAAACUUUUGGUUUUAUCUUUAUGUUGCACUUAAUGGUGGAGGUUUUAUCUUUGACAAAUGAUUUGUCCGAAGCAUUACAAAAGGGGGAUCAAGAUAUUGUGAAUGCCAUGGAACUUGUUGAAGUUAGUAAGAAAAAGUUUCAAAAAAUGAGAGAUAGUGGUUGGGAAGCAUUUUAUGAACAAGUUGUGGCUUCUUGUGGUAAUGUUGAAAUUGAUGUCCCCGAUAUGAAGUCACGGUAUGUCAAAGCUAAUAAAUCCAAACGACUUGCUCCUUUUGUGACAAAUUUUGAUUAUUUCAAGAAUGAUUGUUUCUUACAUGUCAUUGAUUUUGUAUUGAAAGAGUUGAAUGAUCGUUUUACGCCUGAGAAUACCGAGUUGUUGAAUUGUGUUGCUUCUUUGAGUCCUUGUUCAUCAUUUGAAGCCUUUGACACUAAAUCACUUGUAAGGUUGGCAAGAUUGUACCCAAAUGACUUUGAAGAUGUUACCGAUAAAGAGUUGUCUAGCCAAUUUGAGACUUACAUUGAGUGUGUAAAGAUGGAUGAUAAUUUUUCCAAUUUGAAAGGUAUCUCGGAUCUUUGUAGGACUCUUGUCCGAACGAAAAAGCACAAGACGUUUAGAUUUGUUUACAUACUAGUGAAGCUAGCUUUGACAUUACCGGUUGCAACCGCAAGUGUUGAGAGGGUAUUUUCCGGGAUGAAAUAUGUGAAGAAUGAGUUGAGAAAUCGAAUGGCUAAUCCAUGGUUGAAUGAUUGUUUAGUGACAUUUGUGGAAAAGGAAGUGUUUAGUACGAUCAAUGAUCGAGAUAUCAUCAAGCGCUUUCAAGGCAUGAGCAAGAGGAGAAUGCAUUUACGAUUGGACUAGAUAUAAAGUUCUAUUUUGAGUUGUAUAUGAAACAAUGAUAUAUUUUUCAUGUAAUAUUUGAAUAUUUAUAUUUAUUGCUUUUUCUUUAUAUGUUUUACAAUUAAUGGGAAUACCCUGGAUUU